CCGACGGCUGUGGCGGCCGCCAUGGAGGCGAGUGGGCCCUGAGGAGAGGCCGGGCUGGGCCGGCGGCCUAUAGCCGCGGGAGGCGGAGGCCGGAGGCACGCAGCGGGGAAGCCGGUGCGAGCCGGGACGCCGCCGGAGGCUCGGUGCUCCUUGAGUGCUCCGGCCUAGCGACCCGCCGCUCCUGGCUUCGGCCCCGGCUCCGGCCGCAGACAUGGCGGGCGGGCACUGCGGCGGUUUCGCCGCGGCGGCGGCCAGCAGCGGAGAGAUCGUGCAGCUGAACGUAGGGGGGACCAGGUUCAGCACCUCAAGACAGACACUUAUGUGGAUUCCAGACUCCUUUUUUUCCAGUUUGCUGAGUGGGAGAAUUUCAACACUUCGGGAUGAGACUGGUGCUAUAUUUAUUGAUAGGGACCCGGCAGCAUUCGCCCCUAUUUUAAAUUUUCUUCGGACAAAAGAACUCGACUUAAGGGGAGUGAGCAUCAGUGUCCUCAGACACGAAGCCGAGUUUUACGGGAUCACUCCGCUAGUGCGAAGGCUGCUGCUGUGUGAGGAGCUGGAGAGGUCGUCCUGUGGCAGCGUCCUGUUCCACGGCUACCUGCCCCCACCAGGCAUUCCCAGCCGUAAAAUAACUAGCACAGCUAGAUCCUCAGUGGAUGCUAGGAAUGGACUGAAUUCUGUGGAAGGCGAAGCCCAGGGAAGCGGGACCCAGCCUGUGCUCUCUGGAAAUGGAGAUGAGACUGUUAGGCUGGGGUUUCCAGUGGACCCACGAAAGGUGCUAAUAGUCGCUGGCCACCACAACUGGAUCGUAGCUGCAUAUGCACACUUCGCUGUGUGCUACAGAAUCAAAGAGUCUUCCGGGUGGCAGCAAGUGUUUACAAGCCCAUAUCUGGACUGGACCAUUGAACGAGUGGCUUUAAAUGCGAAGGUGGUUGGAGGUCCUCAUGGAGACAAAGACAAAAUGGUGGCCGUCGCCUCAGAGAGCAGCAUCAUCCUGUGGAGCGUUCAGGAUGGAGGAAGUGGAACUGAGAUCGGUGUAUUCAAUCUUGGUGUUCCUGUGGAUGCGCUCUUCUUUAUUGGGAACCAGUUGGUGGCCACAAGUCACACAGGCAAAGUGGGAGUAUGGAAUGCUGUCACUCAGCAUUGGCAGGUGCAGGAUGUUGUUCCAAUAACCAGUUACGACACUGCGGGCUCCUUCCUUCUCCUUGGAUGCAAUAAUGGAUCAAUAUAUUACAUAGACAUGCAGAAGUUCCCAUUACGGAUGAAGGAUAAUGACCUCCUUGUCACUGAACUCUAUCACGACCCCUCCAAUGAUGCCAUCACUGCGCUGAGUGUUUACCUCACCCCCAAAACGAGUGUCAGCGGAAACUGGAUUGAGAUCGCCUAUGGUACUAGCUCUGGAGCCGUGCGAGUGAUUGUGCAGCACCCGGAGACAGUCGGCUCAGGGCCACAGCUCUUCCAGACCUUCACAGUCCACCGCAGCCCUGUUACAAAGAUCAUGCUGUCUGAGAAGCACCUGGUGUCAGUGUGUGCUGACAACAACCAUGUCCGUACAUGGACAGUGACACGGUUCAGAGGGAUGAUCUCCACUCAGCCAGGUUCCACUCCUUUAGCGUCUUUCAAGAUCCUGUCCUUGGAGGAGACAGAAAGCCAUGGCAGCUAUUCCUCUGGCAAUGACAUAGGGCCAUUUGGAGAAAGAGAUGAUCAGCAAGUGUUUAUCCAGAAAGUUGUUCCUAUCACUAACAAGCUGUUUGUCAGGCUGUCGUCAACUGGAAAAAGGAUCUGUGAGAUCCAGGCUGUUGACUGCACUACAAUAUCCUCGUUCACUGUGAGAGAGUGCGAGGGCUCCAGCAGGAUGGGCUCACGGCCAAGGCGCUACUUGUUCACAGGCCACACGAACGGCAGCAUCCAAAUGUGGGACCUGACCACGGCUAUGGACAUGGUCAACAAGAGCGAGGACAAGGAUGCGGGCGGCCCCACUGAGGAGGAGCUGCUGAAGCUGUUGGACCAGUGUGACCUGAGUGCGUCCCGCUGUGCUACCCCCAACAUCAGUCCUGCCACGUCUGUCCUUCAGCACAGCCGCCUUCGAGAGUCCAACUCCAGCCUUCAGCUCCAGCACCAUGAAACCAUCCAUGAAGCAGCCACUUAUGGCGCCACGCGGCCUUACCGAGAGAGCCCUUUGUUAGCCAGAGCGAGGAGAACUGAGAGUUUCCACAGCUACAGAGACUUCCAGACACUUAAUCUCAACAGAAACUUAGAGAGAGCUGUUCCAGAAAAUGGUCACGUGGGUCCCGUGCAGGCUGAAGUGAGAGGGGCAGUGGGGGAGUGCGGUGCUGAGAGAAGGUCCCCUGGGACAGAGCUAAGAUGUGGGAAGGAGUUAGAGGGGGGGUUGGAAGUGCAGAAAACCACUGAAGGGUUGUCAGAGUCCAAGAAAAGAUCAGCGGAGGAUGAAACCGAGCAUAAAGUGGAAUUACGAAAGAAAGGAUUUGAAACAGGAGGAUUCCUUGGAAGAAAGAAGGUUCCCCAUCUGGCUUCCUCACCAAGUACCUCCGAUGGAGGGACCGACUCUCCUGGUACAGCAUCCCCAUCUCCAACAAAGACCGCUCCGUCACCUCGGCACAAAAAGAGUGAUUCCUCGGGCCAAGAGUACAGCUUGUGAACUCACCCAGUGCAUGGUAGUUUCGGGAAAUUUACACGGAGAAUAAAAUUCCCUAGGUUUCUCACUACAUUGGCUUUUACAUCAAAACACUAUAGGAUACAAUUUGACCAGGUAAGUGUCUUCUGAGCCGGCUCUCCUGAGGCAGGAGCAGAGCCUACCCUCCUAAGGAGGCACAGUGGUGCGAUCCUUGGCAGCUCGGAAGUAGCCUACUCCCGCAGGUGGGCACACGUAACAGCGGUUUGUAAGCGGAAUCAUUCCGUGUCCCCUCUAUGCUGCUCUUUUGUCCCAGCACCGUGGUAACCAUGGUAGUGCCCUUAGAACAUGUGAGGCAGCGGACCAUGUUCCUAAUCAGUUGCUCAAGACUUAUCUUGCAGUGGUACCCUAAUGUUAAUCACAGAAUCUCCUUGGAGUGUGGCUCCCAACCCUUGUGAUUGCGAAGUGUUUACUAGAUACCUGAUGAGGUGCUAUGUUGUGAAGAAGUCUCAUGUGACUCAAACACUAUUUCUGGAGCCCAGGUUCCACUGUGCACUACGUCUUUAGGGUUGUUUUGUUUCAUUGUGGUCAUUCCUGAUCCUUGUUGUUGGGAGAUGAUGCAGCAUGCGUCACCAGUGUUUGAUACCUGAAGUCUGUCCAGUGGGGACAACUGUCCGUUUCUGAGUAGAUGAAAGAAUAACGACAGGGAGCUUGGUGUCCAGAAGGGCGGCCCUCCAUUUGCUGGUCCUCCCUACUUCAGGACCCAUUAUGUUUGUGCAGUGUCUUACGGGAUUGGAGUUCUAGAUUUGGAGUUAAAUGCUUCCAUCUGUAAAACUGUUGUUUUGACUUAUUUUGAACUCUGAGGGCAAAAGAAAAAUUUUUGUACAUUUUCUUCAUUCCAUUGGGAUGGUUUACAUAUUUCUGCAAAUGGAGAAAAUGUAACUGUAAACCCAUGAGCAUUCACUAGUAAUGAUGUAUAAUUCCCAUUCCCAGAAGUAUAAUGACGUUGGAAAAAAAAAUUCUUUAAAAUUAACUAUAUUGUCAGUGAUUUCACAAAAAAAAAAAAAAACCCUUGUAU